AUGCUCCGCUUCACUGUACCUGCCUUGAUCGUCUUCCAGAACGCGUAUGCGCCGCGCGUGCUGAACAAGAUGACGCCUGACCGCAUGGAGCUGACGAUGCUGAUCCUGAAGGAGCGCAAGAAGAAGGUGCGCUACCUUGGCAGCAACUUCCAGGGCUUCAGUGAUCGCGUGCACUUGUUUAACGCACAGGGCGGCGUGCGUCGUGGUACUCGCUACAUCAUCGAAACCCACCACAAUCGUGUUCAGUUUAGACACCGAUCGCGCAACAACGACAUGGUCGACGUUCGCGCCGUGAAAAUGGCAGGCUCACAGUACGACUCCAUGGGUAACUACACCCGCAUGACGUGGGACAACUCCCUGUGCACGACAAACCUGGUGAACGACCCUAACUUCAAGCGCCACUUCAAAAACAUGCCCAAGGAAGAGACAAUCGGGAUGCUGGAGGAGUGGGGCGUACGCUACAUCUUGCUGGACGAGAUUCGAAAGCCGUCCUUGAUGGACUGCAAGUACCACAAGCAUCACCUGUACGCCGACAAGUUCUGGUGGUCGCCAUCCCCAGAGACCAAUCACAUGCGCGGUGAUGCCGAGUUUAAGUGGAAGGGCAAUGAGCUGAUAGCAUACGGCGACUACAACGCGCACGUGCAGCAUCCUGCCAAUUUCGUUAGUAGCAGCAGUGGCAGCAGCGGUAGUGGCGCGACCGCCUCAAAACCGGCGGCAGCAGCAGGCUCGAAUAGGGGCACGUCGGCAAGACCGUGGUUUAGGCGCACUGUUGUGGUGAGGAAGCCGCAGGCAAGCGGCGCCAAGGCCCCCAUUCACUGCAAGUAA